AUGGCCCCCGGCCGAACAAGGGCUGGGGUCAGACGAGGGCGCGAAUCCAAGAUGCAAAACUCACAUUUUCCCGUCUGCCCUCCCGCCGCCACGUUUCCCAAUUCCAUGAUUUGGGCACCCGGUUGCAGCCAGACACGCACGACACGCCAGGCUUGCCAGUCCCAGGCGCAGAAGAACCAGGUGCCAGGACUCCAGAAGCAGGGCCCGGUUGGCGUGGUCAACCUUGAACCCAUGGCUGUGAUCCAACCCGUCCCAUGGUGCCCAUCCAGGAUCGGAGCCUGUUCCACUCGCUUGGAUGGCGUGGGGCCCCCAUUAUGA